CACACCUGAGUCUGGCAUUGCUUGAGUUUCCGUUUUCCUUCCCAGCCGGUGGCGGGCUGCCAGCCAGCCGUUGAGCCGCCCGCGCUCACUGCUCAGUCGUCCUCCGCUCGCUGGACGGUAAAGGUGUGCCGCCGCCGCCGCUCCCUUCUUGCCCUGUGACUGCCGCACCGGGGCUCCGCGCGAAGCCAGACUCACAGCAGCGGUUCAGUCUAACACCGCGGCGUGAUAAUGGUGACUUGUAGCGAGGGCCUUGCAUUACCCUGGCCAGAGUAAAGUGUCACACAGCCCAGGCUAUGAUGAGCUGUCCGUGCGGGUCCUUGUGGUGAAAGCGGUGGUGACGACUGGCGCCAGGCGGGCCGGGGACCUCGACGAGCAGGGAAACAGUGAUCCCCGCUCAGUCCUCUGACUCGUCCUCACGCUCGUCCCCUCCCAGCCACAGUCACGACUGUCGCCCUCCGUCAGCGUGAUCCUCCUGAAGAGCGCCACGCACUGAGGGAGUCUCUCACUCCGACCUGCCAAGGAUGCAUCCUACCACGAGGACGUGAGGAUGUGCGCUUGCCUGUGGGCUGGGCUGGUGGGGGCAGCCCAGUACCUGCUGUGGGAGGCGGCGGCGCUGGUCAGGCCGCCAGCCCACGUGGUGCUCGUCGGCCUCGACUCCUCGGGCAAGACCACAGCGCUGUUCCGCCUCCGCUAUGGCCACUACGUCAACGCCGUGCCCACCGUGGGCUUCAACACGGAGAAGGUGCGGGCGGGCGGUGGGCACUGGCUGGUGUGGGACGUGGGUGGGGCUGAGCGAGUGCGGCCCCUGUGGCGCUCAUAUACCCGCGCCACGGACGCUCUCGUGUUCGUGAUUGACUCCAGCGGCGGGGAGGAGAGGCUGGAGGAGGCGCGUGUUGAGCUGCAACGCCUCACCAAGCAGCAGACGGCGCAGUGUGUGGCUCUCAACAGACACCGGCCUCCCCUGCUGGUGCUGGCCAACAAGCAAGACCUCCCCGGGGCGCGAGAGCCGCAGCACCUGGCCAAGGCUCUCGGCCUGCCCGAACUGCCUGACUCGCAGCCCUGGGCUGUGGCCCCAGCCUGCGCCGUCACGGGCGAGGGCCUGGACGAGGCUAUGGCCACACUCCACCAGAUGGUUCUCAAGACGCGACAAGCUCACAAACGCCAGUAAGAGGACCUGGUGUUCUCCGCCCUGUCUCAUCCAGCCAAGCGUCAGCUGUGGCGAGGCUUCCUCCGCCAGCGGAAGUUGAGAUAACGCCUGCAGGGUCACGCAGAGAGCGAUCCACGCCAGCCAGCCUAAACCCGUGGUGAGGUUCCUCCCUAACCCCCAACGCGCCGCACUAAUUACACCUCGUAAAUGUUAGAGGAUAAGUGACCCGUUGUGUGUGCGCCGCCCGCCUCCGAGGCCCCGCACUGGGCGGGCACACGCUGACAGCGUACUUAAAGUGAAGUUGUGCAUGAAGUGGCGGUGCUGCUGCUGCCCUGGUAGCAGAGGAACAGUGACAGGCUCUGACGUGUGCAAGAUUUCAGUGUACAGAAAGACUCGGCAAACAAACGCUGUUUUUGUAAAGCUUACUAGUAAAAAAACAAACACUGGACACUGAAAAAAGGCUUACUGCUAAAGUUGCUUGCUUCACUGUUUGAAAAAAAAAAUGCAUUGGUUUCUGAAGUAAGACUUGCUAAAAGCUUAACACUGAGAUAUCUGUUGCCUGGACGUGUACGUAAGUGGAAGUGUUCGUGCAGUGGUAGUGUCGCCGCGGAGGUGAUGUCUGCAUACCACUAGACGUGACUGCCUCCUGGAUCUUGUUUUUCUGAAUACAGUCAUUUUUGCCUGAGUCCCUUUAUGUGAGGGAGACGAGGAGUAAAACGUCUCUGGUGCGUCCAGUGAGGGAGUGAGGAGGUUUUCGGUGGUCCGUCACUGAGGAACACCACAACAACUCUUCAUCAUCUGCUAUUGUAUGGGGGUCACUCUAAGGACUCACAAUUACCCAGAACCUCCUUACUCCGCCCUUUAACUCCCCACUCCCCUGUCCCUCACCAUUCCGUGUUCAUCUCCUUGCGGUCCCUUACCUCCAGCCCCACUCUGCCCCUUGCCUCACGACCUCUGCCUCCCUGACUGAUCCCUGGCCGACCCUCGUGCUCCCUGGCGGCCCCUGCACCCCGCCACCACCACCUGGGUUCCCUAAUUGCCCAUUUCCUUUCCUUUCCUCUCGCGGGUUGCUGUGACGGAGAGGGAUAAAAGGUGGGGAGGAGCGUUAAGAAAUGGUGCGUGGAUUCUGGGAGGGUUGGAAAAGGGACAGGCAGAGAGGAGGGUGAAGGAAGGGACAAGUGGAGUACAGUCGCGGGGAAAAACGGUUGGGAGGAGUGACAAAGCCUCCAGGGAAUGAAGGAGGAACUGGUGACCUAUCUUCUUGGUCUUUACACGCCCCUUGACCCGCCGGAAGUGGAGGUCAUACGUGGAGAGGUGGAUGAAGAGAAGGAGGAGGAGGAAGCAGCAGCAGUAGAGGGAGACGAGAGGAGGCAGCUUCGUGUCAGUAAACAGUGCUUCUGAUGCGCUUCUUGGCUUCAGUUGGCUCUUCUCCUCCUCCUCUAUCUCCUCCUCUUCCUCCUCUUCAAGGCAGCCACACGUUUUGCACACAUUAAACGAGCAGGGCGGUGAUGGCUAAGCACGUAGAGUCAGCACCAACCGCCCCGUGACUGGUUUGUGUGCCUCAACUUUGCUUGCCUCUCCCUCUCCCCCAUUCGUAUUCGCUCCUCAUCCCACGCUCCUACCUUAAAAAUUUGUGGCCCCCUAACCCCGCGAUCCCAUUUCUAUAACCUACACAAUCUAUGACCCCCAAAUUGUAUGGCCUCGCUAUUUUGUGGGCUCUUGUGUACACGAACAAUGGAAGGCCGUAGCAGUGACUCCCUUCAACCCUGGUGCUCAGUCUCCCGCUACAGUCACGUCCCUAAAGAAAGAGCAGGGUUAUGGUCGCUCUUGUUGACUUGCCCGCACAAACACGCCAAGCUUUAAUCCAGUAAGCAUCGUGGAUCAUCCCUGUGGCUCUCGCUAAGCUAGAUAAAGGCCCCAUACCCUCCACUACCCAUCUCCCUCACCUCUUGUUUUCCGUCUUUCCUUCCCUCCAUCCUCCGUGACCUGUGUGGUGUAUAGGAAGGUCACCGUACAGUAAGGUCACGUUCAUCCAUUGUUGGGCUGUCGCUACACACACACACACACACACACACACACACACACACACACACACACACACACACACACACACACAGCACCGAGUGAGGCCGUGGGAAACCCGCCUAGUUUUGUGUUAGUUUGUUUACGAGACACGCCCCUGUCCUCUUUCUUUCCCUAAUACGUAAAGCACUUUGAAGCCAAUCACUGACACGCUGACCCAAGCCUUACUCCAGCACAUGACACACUAAACACUGCCUCUAAGCCUGCCACACCACUUUACCUGACCUGCACCCACCUAGCCACUCUUCACUCACCACUGACACACUGACCUAUGUAUUACUCCAGUUCCUGACACAUAAAACAGUAAUAAUGCAGCACAACUUGACCUGUAUCCAGUCAGCCACGACCUUAAACUCACCACACUGAUACAAAGCAGCCUGUUUCUACCUCUCCCUGCCACACCUUGACCAUUCAACCACACCAGCUCAUCACUAACACCACCGACACCACGCCACGCCCCUGACACAGAGCCCCGAGCCGCACACAGCCUUGACGCCCCUCUCCGUGACUCCCUCAGGCCACACUUCUAUCCCAGCCACACCUGAGAGCCUCAUCAAGGUGAUCCCGGGGCCACAGCGGGCAGAGAAGCGGAUGCGUUACCUCUUCCCUCCCUCUGUUCUCUCACCAGUCCCUCCCUUCCUCUCUCUCUCUCUCCCAUCCAUCCCUCCCUCCCAUCCCAGUCCCUCUCUCUCCCAUGCUCCUUUUUCAAGGGUUUCGGGGUGAGGAAAAUAAAACACGGCUAAUAACAGUCAUGUGUCUGAGUUACGUGGGACGAAAUGCGAAGUACGUAUUGUGUUUUCCUUUGAACGGCUAUUCGGUUUUAGAGGAGACGAUUAUUGCUUCCUCCGGGGUGUUUGUUUGCUCCUCCACUCCACUGUUUCGCUGCUGUUUUGAAUGUUCCGUUAGGUGUUUGUGUUCGUUUGUUGUUCGUUUGUGUUGGUGUCCUCCUCGUAGUGUUUAUUUCCCAAGUCUACUGAAGCUUUAAAGUAUUCUAAGUAUCUAAGUGUGAAGGAGGAUCAGAGUGUUAACAAGAGUGAGGUCAGUAAAAUGUAAACACGUAUACUUUUAAGUGUGAGUGCGUGUGCGUGUGUGUGAUAAGGGCAUUCCUCUAUGGUGUGCGUCUUGCCUGUGAUAAAAGGUGAUGUAUAUCUCCUGUAUAUCUGUAACCGUAUAUAGCUACUGUAUUUUGUAUCGUCCUGCAUCUGAUUAGAGUCUCGCGAUGGACUGAACGAAGGAAGGAAGGAAAUGAGUGUCCAUCCCAGCUAGUCUUGCAUUGUUACCUUAAGCACUGUCUCCACUCCCCGAUCUGUAACCACUGGAGGGGAGAGCAGGAGAGAAGUGAGAGAAUGUUAGUGAGAGAACGUCAGGUGGAGUCAGGUUACCCAGCAAACUUGGCUUCGUGAGCAGGUAACCCUUCCUCCAGCUGACUCCCUCUCACCGCCGUCUGAUAAGUGUCCUCCGCCACCAGUAUUACGUUCCUGGGAUACGAUCUGAUACACACACACACACACACACACACACACACACACACACACACACACACACAAUCAGUAGGAACAGUUUUUAUACACUCACACAAACAUUUUCUGAACACACUCGUUUCACUGUACGUAUGUCAAAGGAAGGUGUGUGUGUGUGUGUGUGUGUGUGUGUGUGUGUGUGUGUGUGUGUGUGUGUGUCUUCCAUGCCUAGAUAAUGGUGAUAGUAAUGAUAUUAUUAUCUCCACCACCACCACAACUACUACUACUAACACCACCACCAUCACCACCACAACUGCCAACGAAAGGUCACAGCAAGGCGCCUCAUGUCUGCCUGUCUGUCUGUCUGUCUGGGUGCCGUUGCCUUUACUCAUGGCGUCGUUAGGAGCGGCACUGUGACCUCGACCCCUCAAGUCACAGGGUCAUGGCGGGUUACAGCAGGUCACGGAAGCUUUUUCAAUACCCAAAUUCGUUUAUUCAGGUUUCUACACGUGUACUGAUAUUCCUAACCUUAUUUAGACAAACACACACCUGAAAUCAACACUUUAUCAUCAGUCUCCACACUCCCAGCCCCUCCACACGUGUCUCCCUAACACUCCAAAGUUCACCAUGCAUGUAAUUGUACACAUAUGCCUCAAACACACUUGAACUAAGAGUCACACACCUGUAGUUUUCCCACAUGUCUAUGUACUAACACACCUGUACACACACUCUUACAUCUCUGCUCCUUCCACACACACACACACACACACACACACACAAGCGCACGCGAGUUAACGAGUAAUGAAUUUAAGAUGAACUUGAAGUAUCACGCGGUACGAACACUGUGGGAAGAAAAAAAAGUGACGUGAAUUUUGAGACUGAUUGGUGAGUGAGUUGACGGAGGCGAGGCUGAAGUGACGUGACGUGAACUGAUCUAUACUCAAAUUCAUGUUUACGAAAUUGUCUACCGGAGAAGAAGGAGGAGGAGGAGGAGAUGACCUUUACGUUCCCACCAUUACCUGUUCUCACCUGGCCUCGUUUGCUUCAGGAUUUCUCUUAAUUACUGGCCAUUACCUGGAGAGGCCGCACGUUGUUAUUGUGUACACUGAAGGAGAGGCACAGACCAAACAUAGCUGGUUUCGUACACAUGGCGAUGCUGCGGCUUCCCUUCCUUCCUCCCUCCCUCCCUCCCUCCCCUGCCCGCCAUGUGAGCUGCGGCCAGUGCGUGCGGUGGGUGUGGUGAGCGUGGUGGCUGUGGUGUAUGCGAUGUGUGAGGCGAGGCAGUGUUGUGUGCCGUGUUGGGUAAUAAUAGUGGCAAUGCAAGCAUCGUGUUGGACUGAUGAGUUAUGAAUAUAAUUUUCUCUUUCUGCCUGUCUGCCUCGAUCUCUCCCUCUCUCUCUCUCUCUCUCUCUCUCUCUCUCUCUCUCUCUCUCUCUCUCUCUCUCUCUGGCGUAUCGAUCAAGCAAUCAUCCGGCAGUGCAUGUGCCUGAAGCUCUAGUAAGGCCCCAAAGUGCGGCGCGUCGCGUGCCAACCAGUGGGGCGGCGACUGGCUAGCGACGCCUUGCACGGAACCCGAUCAGACACCCUCCCGCCAACGCCACCUUCUCCUCCUCCUGAUGUCAUCACACUGUAGGAAAUGGCGCGUCGAUGGCCACUCUGAAGGUCUGUUGCGGCGUGCCAGGCCCUGCUGUGGUGCGCCGGGGUCUACUACUGUGGUCGCACGCUCCUGUUCCCGUCGUAGUAACGCACGAGUGACGGUAACACUCCUCGUUUACGAAAGUCGCGAUGACACACUUGGCUGUCCCCCUCCCAGCUCCGCCUUUCACCCCGCGUUCAAGACUCCCUCCGUUCCGGUCUGCGUUUGCUCAUCUGGUGAGGAAACUGUAUCCGUAAAAAGUUGUCCUUGAUCCCUGGGGCAGCGGAGAGCGAUGGGGGCAGCUGGGACGACCGCUCGGGGCCUCUGAGAGCGCUAUUAUGUUAGAGCGGUAACUUGGUGUGGCUGGGAAACUCGCGGGAAGGGAAUCUGUUACCUCUCACGGCGAUGAUCCCAUCUGCCUGAUGCCUGGCUGGGGUGGCAGCUCGUCUGGUCAUGUUUCACGAUGGUGGCGUUUCGCUGAUGGAGUUUCUGGCGUAGAGGAGGAAAACACGAGCCUCAAGUGCCUUUUAAAAGAUCACAGCUCCGGAAUUCUGACAUAAAAGAGCAAUCUGGCGCCGGUUUGUGAAUGCGAAUCGUUGCACAAAGACUAAAUGGAGCAAGUUCACGGAUUUUUUAAGAAGCGGACGUGAAAACUUGGUGAGGAGUUGGGAGUGAAAAGUUAGUUAUACUGGCUGCGUCAUUAUUUCUCUUCGGUUAGUUUUCUCGAGCGUGGAGUGCUGGAGGCGAGGUGUGAAAGGCGCCACCAGCUACUCUCCCGCCUAGCCGCUGCACCUCGCUAGUCUGCGCCACUCAACUUCCUGUCUCGAGGCGGUGGGAGAGGCGAGGCGUGGACGGCCGGGUGACGCAGGGCUCGGUACGGAUUGGCACCUGGUAAUGUAGGUCCCGGCGGAUGGUAAAUGAACCAGUUGUAGCGCGAGAACUUCCUCCGGUUACUCUUUCUUUUUACUCUCUCUUACUGCGCACUCUUUUUUACUCUUCAUGUUUUUAUUAUCAUUUUUCUAUCUUUUCCUUCUCUUACAGUUUCUUAUUUCUAUUUACUCCCUUCCUCUUCUAUUC